CCAUUAGCUCUGGUGGUGCUGUAAAUUGUCCUUCACGCGCGUGGCUUUAGCACGCUCUUGUCAUUCUCCGUCCCCAUAUAACUUCUCAGCUAAGCAUGGUUAGGGCUUGACUCCGAACAAGUUAUCUACUCCAAAUCUCCAAUCUCCGAUUCUAACCCUAAGAUGCCUCUCUGAGCGAACAUUAUUUUCUCUCUCUGUCUCUCUCUCUCUCUCAGAUCUCUCAUUUCAAAUCCAUGGACGAAUCAUACACCAACCUCCCUACCAGCCACUUGCUUGGUUCAGUCCCGGCAGUUGUCAGUGAAGAAAAGAUUACCACAAACCACGAGACUCUGGAAGCAAAUUUGCAAAUAUUUCCUCCAAAUAACAUUGGAGGUGGCGGCCGGGGGUAUCAAACACUUGGAGGUCCAAGUGAGAGGGAUGGACAACAAUCGACAGACAACUGGAAGGGGGUAUUUAGCAUCUCAUCAUACACGCAGUAUUUUAAUGUAGAUACAGACAUUGUCUUGAACAGAUUGAUGAGUUCUUUAUAUCCUAUCAGUGGAGAUUUUUUCAGCAAGAUUGAUGCUAAUCCUGAUCUCUAUGGGCUAGUCUGGAUCUCCACUACUUUGGUAUUUAUGCUUGCUUCCCUUGGAAAUAGUGCCACGUACUUGAUACGCAAAAGAAGUGACACCACUACUCCUUGGAACUUUGAUGUCAGCUACGUAAAUGUGGCUGCUGGCUCAAUAUUCGGCUAUGCACUCAUUGUGCCUAUGGGAUUUUACUUCUUGCUUCAGUAUCUGGGAUCAAAUGCCAGUCUUGUACGCUUCUGGUGCAUGUGGGGAUACUCCCUCUUCAUCUUCAUUCUCAGCUCUUUUCUGUUGGUUAUCCCUGUCGAGUUUCUCCGGUGGACCAUCAUAAUCAUCAGUGGUGCUGCCUCAGCUGGCUUUGUCUCUCUGAACCUUAAGUCCUAUGUGGAGGGAAAUGAUCUUACAUUGGUUUUAGUUGCCGCAUUUGUCUUGCAAUUGGGUCUUGCAAUUUUUAUCAAGAUGUGGUUCUUCCCUUAAGCUAAUAACUGAAUUGGAGUCCCAUCAGCAGGCAAAUUUUUGAUUUAGCGUGUAAUUGGUCUGUGUGUUUUAGCGUACUGCAGUGGAUGGUUAUUGGCACUAGAAUGGAGAGUGUCUUCUUAGAAAAAUAACUAAUGUGAUAAAAAAAAAUAGGGGUGAUUUUGGUGGUGGUGGUUUUUUUUUGGUGAGUAAUAGUAAAUGUUUUGGUUGCUGUUGUUGCUUCAUGCUUGUCGGGUUGCAGGAAAAGGUUAACAUCAUUAUUUUUGAGCAUUUUGUUUUUUAAUUGCCCUUUUUUCAUAUGAACUUUGGUUAUUGUAAAUAUACAGUGUUAUCAGAAAACAU